AUGGACCUCGCCAACGAGUACCUGUCGCUCAUUCUUGCGAUUCUUCUCGUGGCUAUCGUCGCUCAUCUUUUCACCAGUUACUUCUUCGUGAGCUUCCAAGUCUGCCGAUCUACAAACCUUCUGACACAUACCCAGUUGCGUCGCCUGACUACCCGCAUGGACGACCUGGACGAGCUCCACAGACCACAUGCCCAAAUACGUGAACUUGAAGAAGUUCGCCUCCGCCCGCUUGAUGAAUAUGUCGUGGAGGCCGGACGGCUCGCUGAGGAAAACCGUCGCAAUUACCAGAAUGUCGAAAUAAGUGUCGACAGAACCAUCGAAACACUGCAGAGAAUGCCCGCUAACGACGCUCCCGGACCGCAGAGAGCAGCAGAGCGUCUGUGGGCACACUCGCCACAAACUAGAGACCAGAUACUUCGAUUUAACAAUCGCAUGGCUGGCCGCGAACUGCUCAGGGAUUCAGAUAAAAUUCAGUGA